UGAGUCUACCCGCUUGGAAGACGGACGGCUACGCAAGACGAAGGUAGCCGACGGCCCCGCAACAGCUGACAUACAGUAAACAUGGCUGAUUCCCCUGAAGUAAUUAAAGAGAGGGCGGUGCGUAAAGCCGCUAUCAAGAGAGAAUUUAUAAAGCAGAUCACUAAUCCACAUCGCCAUGCAUCUGGUGAAGGCGGUGCACUGUUUGAUCCAGCUGUUCAGAGGUUUAUGUCUAUGAAAGUGACAUUGUAUGAUCAUUUCAAACCUACUGUGAAAACUUCUCUUAUGGGGCUUGGCAUGAUUGUUCUCCCUAUCAUCGGCUAUGGGUACAUGAUGAAAGUUCAGCAUGAUGCUUUUGAUCAAAAGUGCAGAACUGGGCAAAUCCCUUAUGCUGAGCGUAAAUUUAAGUUUAUAUAAGGUAUUGCCAAUUUGAUGUUUUAGAAUAGAUGAAAUUUAUGUAUAGUCGAUGAAUUAACAUAAUUCACAUCCCAUCUGUACAGUUUAUAAAUAAAGUAAAAUUUAC